AAAAAAAAGAAAAAAGAUUGAUUUCCGAAUCCCACCUCCGCCAGCGCCAGCCUUAGCCCUAACCCUAAUCCCUUCCCUCAAGCUUUCCCUCCCGUUUAAAUAUCCCCCACCUUCUCUGUCUCCCUCACCCAAAUCCGCCUUCUUCUCUUUUCCCCAUCUCCAUUAACCCCCCACCUUUCUCCAAUUGAUUUCUGGAUUGGUCUGGUUCCUGUUCUUCCACUGGGUUCUUGUCCCUUCAAUCCCAAUUUCCCACCCACGUUCCCGAGUCUCAUAGUUCGUUGUGAAUGGUAGAAACCCUGAGUACCUCCGAUUUCAUGCUCUCCUUCUCCCCGUCGAGGGCGAGCGCUCUUCUCCCUGCUUCUGCUUUCGCUUUCGGCUCCUGCAAGGAAGGCUGGUACUACCGCUGCCUCGGCGUUGACCCCUGAACUCGCCGUGCGGACCCAACCCCCUUCGUUUUGCUUUUUUAAUCAAUCCUGCGCCUGAUUCGUCAUCUCUCGCAUCCUCUUCUGAUCUCCGUUCGGUUCAAUUCUUAGAUCCUUUCUUUCUUUGGGAUUUUGGGUCCCGGGUUUUCGAUCGCUGAUUCGUGAUUUGAGAUUUUGAUUCGUGACUGUGACACAAUGUUGCUUUCCAAGCCCAAGAAGAGCCAGAACGCUAAUGGCAAGAGGCUCUUGAUCAGCAUCAAUGUGCUCGGUAGCGCCGGCCCGAUCCGCUUCGUCGUUUAUGAGGAGGAGCUUGUCGCUGCGGUCAUCGACAACGUCCUGAAAUUGUAUGCGCGUGAGGGUCGGCUUCCCGUUCUGGGGUCUGAUAUCAGCGGCUUCUUGCUUUAUUCCCCUCAGGUUGGAUCAGAUGCUCUUAGUCCAUGGGAUACAAUUGGAUCAUUUGGAGCUCGGAACUUCAUGCUCUGCAAGAAGCCACAGCCUGCGAAGGAGGCAGAGCAAGCAAGUGUGGCUGCAGCACUUGUGCGCAAGGGGGGCAGUGGCAGCUGGAAGAAUUGGUUCAACAAGUCCCUCAGCCUGAAAGUUUCUUCCCAUUGAUCGUGGUUUUGAGCUUUCCCCUGAUUCCACCUUGUGUUCUUUAUUGGGUCAGUUAUCUUGUGUUGCUGUUCACUACUGUUCUUAUUAGCCAAAGGCUUGUGUGAACUCUGAACUCUAAAUAACUCUGGCUUAGAGAUUCAUUGUGUCCUCGACCUUUGAUAUAAUAAAGUUGUGAAUUAGCUAUUGGUGUCUGUUCGCCUUAGCUAAGAUUUUUUUUUUUUGGAGUCCUUGACAUUGAGUUAUGUCGGAAAUUAUGACCAAUUACGGCUUGCUCUGGGCAGCGAACUCUUGCCGGAUUCAUGUUGUUCUCGUAUCAGAGAUUCAUUUUUAUUUAUGAAUAAAGCUGGAAUAUUGGUUGACGUUUAUUGUUCACCAUGCUACUUUAGCUUGGCACAUUCUCCAAGUUUUUGUAGUUCUCAUUUUCAUUAAGGCAAUGAAUGGGGCAAAUAUUCUUG